AGUGUUCGACUCUUCGUAUUGCUGAUCAACGUAGUUUUUUUAAGUGGGAUACUUUUCCACGUGGAAGUUAAUGUAAUAAUAAUAAUGUCGAUUCGCAUUUCAACAAUAGGAUGUUUAAUUUAUAUAUUUCUGUGUUUGUGUUUCUUCUUGACGGAGAAACUCUUAGCUUUUAAGCAAAAUUCUCCUAUUAUUUUAUUAAAUUAUAAUACAGCUCUUCCUUCGAAUGCGACUGUGGAGAUCUUGGACUUUAAUACUGAAGACUGUUUCGAAUGGUACUCAUCUGAUCCAGAAGUCAUUAUUGUUUCUCCUGUAUUCGAUAAGGAUCUUCCGGGGAGCUGCUCCCGUAAAGCUGUAGUGACAUGUAUUUCAGAUGAAGUGGAAAGGAAAAUUACGCAAGUUACAGCGUCCCAGAAAAAUAAAAGCAAAACAGGGACUAAAGUAUUUUGGGAUGUGAUUACCGAUUCUGUGGCUAAUAUCGACAUAUCCUGGGUAACAGAUGAGGUAAUACUUGGAGGACACCCUGAGAAAUUAACGGUAGUUGCAAAAAAUAAAGAUGGGCACACUUUUACAAGCAUAAAUGGCUUACACUUUGAGUGGAAAAUAACCUCUCAGCUGGAUAGUCAUGCAAAAAAAACAGCAGAUGGAGAGGAAGUUAUCAGGUUAGUGAAAUUUUCUGACUCCAACUACGAAUCUGCAAAGGAUACUUUGGAAUGGGAGCAAAGAGGGAUGUUUGGCCAUAGCGUUUUAGUUGAAGCAGUGAAUUUAGGUUCAAGUAUAAUUCAAGCUUCUUUACUGGGAAAAUCGUCAAAGGUGACACUUACUGCAAAAAUAUCGCUAAAAGUAUUGCCAAAUAUAAAAAUUCUGCCAUCCACGUCACUCUAUUUAUUGCGAUUUGCUACAGUGCCUAUUUCAUUGAAUAAGAUGUUGGGAGGAGAACUUUCAGAAAUCGAGAAAAAUGAGUUUAAAAUUCAUUCUAAAGAUCCUUCAGUUGGAGAACUAGUCGAAGAUUUCUCUUCUGUUAAAGGCUUGAAUUAUGGCUCAACGUCAGUCAUUUACAAAAGCAUUAAUAGCAAAUAUUCUGACGUGUCUGUAGAUCUUCAUGUUGUGAAGGCGGUGCGCCUUGCUGUACGGAUUUCUGGAGGUAAUUUCAAGAUUUUGGAAGAAAUGAAGAGUUACAUUGUGCGUGUUGAACUAUACGACGAAAAUGAUAAUAGAAUAUACCCUGCAGAAAAUUUAAGACUGAGUGUAAGCUUCCCAUCACGACUUUUCUACUUAAAUUCCACUACUGCAAAUGGCACUUAUCAUGUAAUUCAAGCCAUAGCACCUGGAUCCGGCACCAUACGGGCUGAACUCAAAGGCGUUAUUACGGAGGAUGGGAUAAAAAAAGAAAAUGCAGUUGUAGGAUCGGAGGAAGUAACAGUGUGCCAAAAGCUUCAGAUUUUCCCUCCUCGCUUACUAUUGCCGUCGGAUUCACCUAGCAUCCCGUUGCACAAGGUUCAGUUUACGGUAACAGGAGGUACUGGAAAGUACUCAUGGGCUUCAAGUAAUACGUCCGCAGCGACUGUAAUCUUUGACGAGAAAAACAGCAACAUUGCUAAACUUCAAAUUUAUAAAGAAGGAGAUUUGUAUAUUACAGUUACUGAUAGAAAUAACAUUAAUUUCUUUUCCGCUGUAAAGGUAUCUGUCCAGCCAGUUAUUGAUAUUGAAGUGUAUCCCACUGUUGUGGAAACUGAAAUUGGAAAUACGUUGAUUAUUCCUACUGCGAUUCUUGGCUAUGAAGAUGAAGAAAAGAAAAUAAUUCGAAAAUUUGAUGAAUGCACCACAAUCGAGCCUAUAGUAGAAAUAAUUGACAAGCAUGUUGUAUCAUAUGAGAAAGCAAAAAAACGAGACUACUAUCUACAGCAAGGAUUUGAGUGUGGAACGAAAAAACCUCACAUACCAGCCUAUGGUAAAGGAUGCCUUAGUUUACAAUUUAGGUGUAAAAUGGCCGGCCACUCCAGAAUAAACAUUUUUUACAAAAAGCGAGGAGAGAAGAGCAACAAUGCAACGUUUAAAACGACGACAGUUUUAGCUUGUUAUAAAUCAUUAAAACCUGUGCAUCCAGUAAGAGUAGCAGUUGCAGCACUUGGCACUUCAAAAGAAAUAGCUUUUGAAGGUGGUCCCAGACGAUGGCCUCUAAAGAAGGAUGGGCAUUAUACAAAACUAGAGACCAGCAAUUCUGAACUCGUAACGAUUGAGUUGAUAAAAGAUCCUAUAAGAUAUAACAAAGAUUUAACGGUGUUCAGAAUUCACUGUAAGGCUCUUGGAGAAAACGUACUUAAUUUUUAUAUCGGAAACGAACCUUCAGCAACUAAUCAGCAUCCUGCGAAAUCUGAAGCAUCCGUUAAAUUUAUUUGCAGUGAACCGCAUUCAUUACAUCUGAAACUCUAUAAAAAGAAAAGUAAAAAGCAACUUCAGCAGGAAAAUAUUGUAAAAGUUCCUUUCUACGGUAGCAAGACUUUUGAAAUUGAUAUAUGGGUUAAAGAUGAAAAAGGUCGUAAAUUUUGCAAUAUCUCCUCAUUAAGUGUGGAGUGGGAAGUGUCGGACAAGACACUUGCAGAACCGGAUAUUUAUUCAGAUUUUAUGACUUACGAAAAUGCCGUAUCUGGCUACAGAAAAGUUUCUAGAGAAUUUAAGGAGUUCAAGAUGUCUGGUGGAACUGGGGACUUGGUAGUGAGCGCCAAAAUCGUUAAGUAUCGGAAGGACGUAUUAAUUAAAGAAGAGAUUUCAGAUUUUAAGGAAUUUCCUGAAAUUUCUAGCUCACUUGAUUUGAAGUUAGUAAGUCUACGAGAUAUUAAUGCUGGCUUAUAUUCUCUUGAUGAAGAAGGAAAGAAAGUUGAAAGCGCAUGUGACGGAGAUACUUGUCAAGCAUAAUACCUGACUUAUUUAAUAAAAAUUAUGGAAAGAGUGUGUCUCCUUUGUAUUUCUCCAUUAAAAAUAUUUUACGGAAAGUGA